GCGGUGUCCAUUGCGGAUGAAUUAAAUCGGCUCUGAUACUCGCUUUUUGAUCAAUUCUCUAAGCGCAUAUAAACUUCCACUCGCGAACUUUUCAGGUUGGGCCUGUAAGUAUACGCGCAAUGUCGAACAGCCCUGCCUAUGCAGUGCCGCAGGUGAAAAAUACUUCCGCCACUACAACGUCAAAAACUACUUUCCAUUUCGCCGCUGGCCUUUGUUCCGGCCUCAGCUCUGCAAUUCUCCUACAGCCAGCAGAUCUACUCAAGACCCGAGUCCAACAGUCCCAGAAUGCCGCUCUUCUACCGACCAUAAAAGCCAUCGUCUCAUCUCCGAAUCCCAUUCGCGGCCUAUGGCGCGGAACCCUUCCCUCAGCACUCCGCACAGGCUUCGGCUCAGCGCUAUAUUUCACAAGCCUCAAUGCCUUACGACAAGCUUUAGCGCAUACCGCAGUCCCAAUCGCUGUAUCUAGCACUAACGGAAACGGCCAAGCCGCACCGUCUUCGUCUGCUCUUCCAAAGCUCUCGAACUCAGCCAAUCUUGCCACAGGGGCGGCCGCUCGUGUUGCGGCGGGAUUCGUGAUGAUGCCUGUCACCGUGCUUAAAGUACGCUAUGAGUCGAGCUAUUACUCAUAUGGCAGUCUGUAUAGCGCAGGGCGUGAUAUCCUUCGCACAGAAGGCGUGCGAGGACUCUUUGCUGGGUUUGGGGCAACCGCCGCACGAGAUGCUCCGUACGCAGGGCUCUACGUUCUUUUCUAUGAGCAAUUGAAGCGGCGUUUAGCGUCGUUAGCUGAGUCGAAAGCCGGUGACCAGUCACUAAAAUCAUCCUCGUCAAUUAACUUUGUCUCGGGAGCUUUAGCCGCUGGUCUUGCUACUGCGAUUACGAACCCGUUUGAUGCGGUCAAGACUCGACUGCAGCUUAUGCCGAACAAGUACGGAAACAUGAUGCGAGCGGUUAAGAUGAUGAUUCACGAAGAUGGCGUACGGAGUCUGUUUGGUGGCCUGGGGCUGCGUAUUGCCAGAAAGGCACUAAGCUCAGCACUCGCCUGGACCGUAUAUGAGGAGUUGAUUCUCCGCGCGGAGAAGCACUGGGCAGCAAAAGACUAAGUGCUUGUAUAACCAGUAAUCUGCUUCUUCUUUUUACUUGGGCAUUUGCUUGGGAGUUUGGCUUGGAUCAUAAAGGAGUUUGG